AUGUUUUCAGGUGAUUCACCUUGGACUGACUCGAUGACCUAUGAGGAAAUGGCUGCAGAUGUGAGGUAUUUUUUAGAUGAAGUAGUACCAUCUGAAACAGAUGGUCGUUAUACUCGUGCUCAUUUAUUAGGCCAUUCAAUGGGUGGUAAAGCGGCAAUGUUGGUAGCGCUUGCGAAGGGGGCUGAACAACGACUCGAGUCACUUAUUGUCGAAGAUAUAGCACCAAUACCAUACGACACGGAAUCGCAUCAUCAAUUUCCGAAAUUUAUGGAAGCGAUGAAAAAAGUUAAUAUGAAAGGUAGUCGUGGUGAGAUCAGUUUAGAGCUAGCAGACGUUGUAACCGAUGUGCCAACACGACAGUUUUUAUUAACAAAUCUGGAUCGAAGUGAGGAGGGCUAUAGAUGGAAGUGCGCGUUCUCUAGGUAUGUCACACCUGAAUCCCAUCCCCUCAUCCUGCAAAAAUUCCCUAAGGCCGAAUUUUCUGUUAUCGAAGAUGCCGGUCAUUGGGUACAUGCUGAUAAGCCGUACCCUUUUAUGGAAAAAGUUGUUAGCUUCAUUGAAUCAGUCUAA